AUGCACGCACGUCACCGCGCCCAAUUUCAUUGCGAGAUCUCAGCGAACGCGACGAACGUCAACGCAGGACGGUACGUGAUCCUGUCCUGGAGCAGAGAUGAAGGUGUGCCAGACAGAAGAGCCAAAGCGGCGCCCACACGUCAGUGUGUCCGGGACGAGGCUAAGAGAUCGGUGUCGCAUGUCUACAUCUUGACCGACAACGGGGCAUACACAUACCUUUCUCGUGUCUGGGCAUCACUGUUCAUUCCUUGCGCCGACAUGGGUCAACAGCAAACCAAGGAGGCCGGCGCUGCCGGCUCUUCUGCUCAGCAUUCGAGUCACACACGAACCUCAUCUCGCGGCAUCACCCCGUCGGCAUCCGCCAAUCUGGUGGCAUCUCUCUCAGCAGCUAGCCUGCGCCCCCCGUCUCCACCGCCGCUUCCAGCUCAUCUCGCUGAUUCGGUCAAAGUCGACGAAGGCGGGCUCAUCCCGCAAGGCGUCUACACAGGUCCUAAGGAUUACGACCAGCAUUUCGUGCGCCAGAACAUUGUCGACCGUCGACUCGCUCCUUUCUGCAAGGGCACGGACGACGAAGAUGAACUCGCCGACAGCAAGUUCAACAGCGAGUGCCCCAUCUGCUUCCUCAACUAUCCGACGCCGCUCAACUUUUCACGCUGCUGUCACCAGCCCAUCUGCACCGAAUGCUUUGUCCAGAUGAAACGCGCCGAUCCGAACUCGCACAACCCACCAUCUUCCGAGCCGCGAUCCUGUCCCUUUUGCGUGGAGCCCGAAUUUGGUGUCACCUACACCCCGCCAGAGGCGCUCGAGCAUGCAAGACGAUCCAGCGGCAGCGGAAGCGACAGUCCCAACGAUGCAGUCGACGCCGCCAACUUUGCCGAGAUGGCCAUCGGCACCGGUGGCGCAGGCGUAUCGGGAGCGGGCAAGAAGAAGAUCUUGGCGGCUGAUGACCCGAGCGUCAUCACCGUGGAUCAGGUCCGACCCGACUGGCAUCUCAAGCUCGCGCAAGCAGAAGCUGCUGUGGCACGUCGUGCCAAUCGACGCGUCAUCAUGCGACAAGUGGGCGACCGACUGAUUCCCAUCGGCAUCUCUUCGUCUCGCAUGGGUGCCGAUCUGGCUGCUGCUGCUGAAAGCGGCAGGAUCAACCUCAAUGGGCCGGGUGGCAGUAUCAUCCUCAACGACGGUCAAAACUGGCCAGGUGCCGGAUCGGUGACCACGACACGAAGGCGUAGCAGCCGGCCCAGCCGUGGCGCUGCCGACGGGCUACCCGAGCUAGCAAGGCUCAUGCGAAUGGGAAAUGGAGAGGAUAUGGAGGAGGCCAUGAUCAUGGAGGCCAUGCGACUCAGUCUUCUCGAGCACGAAGAGCAGCAGCGCAAGCAGGCCGAGGAAGAGAGGAAAAGAAGGGCGGCAGCGUCGGACGCGCAAACAGCGGCGGCAACGUCUUCGUCGGGGAAUGCAUCGAGACUUUCGACCUCGAACGACUUGACAGCUGGAGCCAGCACAACAAUCAGGCCACCUGUCGGAGCAGCCCAGUCGGUACUCGAGGAGAGCGAGGGAGUCGGUUCAGCAUCAUCGCCGGCUGCUCCUGCAUUGUCGCUGCCCAGGCCACCGGUCAGCAACGUGGACCCAGCCUCGCUCGGUCUGUCGCAGACGACCAUGGACGAGCUGCGCGAGUUGAUCGACGCCGGGCCUUCUCCUCCACACUCUUCGUCCUCUGCACCGUCGCUUAGCGGCACAGCUUCGUCGACCGUACCUAUCGACUCGAGCGGAUCGGCACGACCGUCGCGAUCCGUGCCAGCGCCAGCGCCCGUUCCGGUGCCACAGCCAAUCGCAGGUCUAGGAUCGGCGCUGUCCGAGCAACACGGCUACCCUUCGCCUCCGCCCGAGAUCGGCGCCGGUACCGCCAAGCAGCACGCCACGGUCACGACAACAACUCACUUCGAUGCAGACGCCAGCGCACCUGCCAGUCCCGGAUCUUCUGGCUUCGCAGCAGCACCAACAGCAGUGCCGAGGAGCCGCAUCAUCAACCCCAACAAUCCGUUCCGCCGUAGCAUGGGUGAACAGCAUCAUUGA